AUGGUCAGCGACUCGGUCGAGUCGGACGAUGUCACGCUUUCACCCGGAGACGACAAGGCGAAGCAGAAAGCGGGUGUACCUACAUCCUCAGCGUCGUCGACAGCUAGCAACCCGUUGCCCCGGCGCGCGUCCUCUAAGCGGUGGUUCUCGGACUCGGACGAAGAGGCCCUUGGCUCAGUCAAAGGGUCGUUGCCACCAUCGAGUGCCGAAGCUGAUGCACCAGAAAAGGCAAUGCGCGCCGGUUUGGUGACUGCCACACCGAUGAAAGCGCCGCCGCCGCCAGCGCUCAGCAUCAAGAACAACGACGCGACGGAGGAGCACCCAAAGCGUAAGAUGUCGGGUAUCCAAAAGCUCGUACAGAAAACCAAGAUUCUGUCGCCGUUCCGCUCAAGCUCCAAGAAAAUGAUGGAAGGCGUGCCAGAGAAGGAGCCGCCGCCUCCGCCCGCUCCGUCCAGCAUCCCUGCGACCCCUUCCACCCAGGACGAAGUCAGCUUGGCGGCGCGGCACCUGGACCUCCCGGCUCAAGCGUGCUUCUUGAAGGCUGGCUGCGGCAGAAACAGCGGCAUCCGCGGACUCAAGAAGUGGAACUCUCGGUACUUCGUCCUCCACGCCAAGGUGCACGAACUGCGCUACUACUCUGAUGUGGUGCAAUCGGGUUGGGGCCCCAUCCCGCUUGGCGAAAUCGGCUGCAUUGCGCUGCGAUCUAUCCAACGUAUUAGCAAGCCGAGCCAUCCUAAGUACAAAGGCUGUCGAUUUGAUAUCACCUGCCGAAGCAUGCUGGGUAUUCCUGACCCCGAGGACGACGCAUCGUCGGACGACGGAGCGAAAAAGACGUCGCCGCAACGGCAGCAACAAGCGCAGCAACAACCAUCAACCCCAGUGAUCAAGACGACACCAAAGGCUUCGCGGAUCUACAGCCUCGUAGCUGACUCACCCCAAACAACUGUGCUUUGGGUGAACAUGAUCGACUCGCUGCUUACGCGCAGCGUCAAUAGCCCACGUCCCGAUAUGUCGCAGGCCAAGGCCCCCCAGCCACUCAAGGCCCUUGCCCAGCUCAACCAAUCGCGCCAGAAGGCGGUACCCGAGAGUGUCUCCAGUCGGCCACCCAAUGAUAUGCUCGUCCUUUCAUUUCCUGAUGACAUUGUGCCCAAGCCCAUCGUGCAUGCUAUCGACUACAUCUUUGAGUCUUCUCCUGGUAUCGAAACCGAGCUCUUCUACGAGAAGGAGGCUGCGCUGGGCCAACUCAAGAUAGUACUGAAUCGCCUCAACCAAUGCUCUGCAGAGCGACGCAAGCCUACGCGCAACGAGUGGGAGGACGUAUUCGACGUAGUGAGUGCGGCAGGCGUCGUAAAGCUCUGGUUACAGCAGCUCGAAGGACCGAUCAUUCCGCACGAGAUGUUUCCCGAGUUCCAACGCGUCAUGGACGAAGGCAUCGUCGCACCCUUUGAACUGAUGCGCAACCUCAAGUCCCUCUUGGCGACGCUCCCCCGCAAGCCCUUCAAGCAGAUUGCAUUCCUUAUCUUCCACUGGAAUGACGUGACCGUGUAUGCGUCCAAGAACAAGCUUACAGCAGCGGUGCUUGCAGCACGCUUCAGCGAUUUCGUGCUGCGACCUCGCCCUGGUGCAGCGGCUGAGUCUGAGACUGCCACGCGCCUUGUUGAGUACAUGAUCACGCAUGCCGAUGCACUCAUUGACGAAAAGGAGUCCGAAAUCCUGGACAUGUAGACAGGUAUUUGCACUUUGCGUGCUAAAACAGCGACUGUUUUGUGUUCAAUGUCGAGCACUUUAUACAAAACAAUAUCAUGUAUCAUGAGCCUCGUCC